GGAUUCCGAAUCCAUUAGUCGCCGGAGGGAGAUUCUGUCUCUCUGGAAGCAAAACCAGUGUUCCUCUCUCUCUAAAAGAAAGCAAAACCAGUGCUUCUCUCACUUAAGAAUCUCUCUCUCCUGAGUUCUCUUUUAUCUCAUUGAAUACCAUUUCUCUGUCCUUUUACCAUUCUUACUCUCCUACUCUCUUUGUACACUUUCUCUCUGUCACAUAACAAUUGUUGAUCAAUCUGUGUUCUCUGAAUUCUUCCCAAUUUGGGCUCUUUCUCUCUCUACACUCAAUAAUGGUGAAUCAAUCAGUCUGUGCCAGAAUUUCGCUCUCUCUCUCCUUAGAAUUAGGAUCCUGAACCGACCUGGACCAGACCCUGUCCAUCCAAAAAUAGGAUACUGAAUAAUUCCCUGCCUUCUCUCUCUACGUCCUCACUCAGAAGCAGUAGCAUCCUCAAUUCUCAACGCUGAAAAGAUCACUGGAUUCUCUCUCUGAAAGAGCUCCAAAGAAUUUCCUUGUAAAGGCCUUGUAUGUCUCUGUAAAUCAUAUUGGAAUGUUUCCCUAGAACCUUGUUUUCCUGAUCGGCUGUCUAUCUCUCUCAUCAAUGUCUACUUGUUACAGUCGAUCGGUGGCCUCGAAGCCCUUUGAUCCUGUGAUCCCCCAGAGACUCCUUAAUCUCCGUCCUUCCUUUUCGUUUCAUCUUUCUGACCUUCACAGCCAUCGGAUCUCCCUGCCAUUGGUUUGUUCUCCAUUAUCGUGGCUCAAUUGCUCGGAGAAGAAGGGGAUUUUAAAUCCAUGGUCUACAUGUAGGUUUACAAAUGGGAGAUUUGACAGGGUUUUAGGGUUUAGCGCAUUGGAAGGGAGGAUUGGGGAUUUGCAGAGAGAGAGGAGUAGGAAAUUGGAGGUGGUGAUAGGCGCUUGUGUGACUAUGAUGUUUGGUGUUGCGAAUAGAGUUCUGUAUAAGAUGGCUCUUAUUCCAUUGAAGCAGUAUCCCUUCUUUCUUGCUCAGAUUGCAACUUUUGGGUAUGUGGCGAUAUAUUUUACCAUUUUGCAUUUCCGCUAUCAUGCUGGAAUUGUUACUGAUGAGAUGCUUGCACUACCAAAGUCUCGCCUGUUUGCUGUUGGUUUCCUUGAGGCUCUUGCUGCUGCUUCAGGAAUGGCAGCUGGAGCCAUGCUUCCUGGUGCAUCUAUACCAAUAAUAUCUCAGACAUUUUUGGUGUGGCAGCUUAUCUUAUCUACUAUUUUCCUUAGAAGACGCUACAAAGUAAACCAACUAUUGGGUUGCAUUCUUGUGAUUGUUGGUGUAAUUACUACGGUUGCUAGUGGAUCUAGUGCUGGUCAGUCCAUUAAAGAAACUGGAAUUUUUUGGACGCUUCUGAUGGUUGCAUCAUAUCUUUUCCAAGCUGCUGACACUGUCUUGAAGGAAAUAAUUUUUUUGGAUUCUGUCCACCAACUAAAGGGAAGAUCCAUCGAUCUGUUUGUCGUGAACUCUUACGGAUCUGCAUUCCAAGCAUUGUUUCUUUGCCUUUCAUUCCCAUUUUUAUCAAACCUGUGGGGAGUUCCAUUUCAUCAACUGAUGAGCUACUUGAGAGAUGGAGCUGCUUGCUUUAUAAACAUUGGAUCUUCUGCAACUGAUUUUGGAUUCUUUUUUGUCCCAGCAUAUAGGCCUUGCACUCUGGUGAGGAUAAACGUUUUUUUAGAUGUGCACCUUGAAAGGUAACCGAACCUUUAUUUAUUUAUUUUAAUUUUUGUUUUACCCAACCAAUGUAGAACUUACCAUAUUUAUGAGUUAGGUGACUAAAGCAAAGUUAUUGCAGAAAUCUUCAGAAUUUCAUUAAUCUUAUACUGUGUGUGUGUUGUUUUUUAUUUUUUGAAUGUUCGUUCAUCUUAUCAUCUUAUGCAGUCCAGACUCUCGUUCAGUUUCUUUUAGCUCAUAAUAUUUUAGCUUAUGAUGUCAUUACGUCUUAUUGCUAAUGAGGUCCAUGCAGAUGGGAUCAGACAUACUCUUAAUUCUUUUUUGGAUUGGUAAAUGAUUAUGUUUGGAACUCUUGAUGUUACAUUGAGGUUCACUGCCCUGAUUACCAAGCCAAGUGCCCCAAACUGCAUUUAAAUUCCAUCAUUUGUCAUGAGAAUGACGGUUUAUGCCCCACCUAUCUAUGAUUGACCUUUCACUGGAUGUCUAUGGUGUAGUUUCCAUUUCCGUAUACUCUUUCAGAGUAAGUAGAUGUUGCUUGGGAUGGAUGGCCCAUAUAUUCUGAUGGUCAUUACUAAAAUCACUGGGUUGAUAAAGUUAGCACCACAGCUCCCUGUUGGACUUUUAAUUGUGACCAACUGAAUUGUUUUCUCCCAUGUUAGUGGUAAUUGGUUGCUGACUUUUCUUUGGGAAAUGAAUCU